ACCAGCUUGCAUACAUUUGCAUUUCACAUCUAAUAAAAGUUUAAGUUUAAGUUUCUGUUUAAAGUGUCUGCUUCAAGCGUCAACCAAAUAACCCGCAAGAAAUUAUUUUCGAGAAAUCGAUAAGGUCCAUUUGGCAAGCUGCAGCGCAAUGUCGAGUGGCGAUGCGGCUUCAGUGGACGAACUAGUCGAGCGCGUGGUGGAAGUUACCGCCUGCACAGCAGAGGAGGCCAAACACUACCUUGGCGCCUGUGCCAACGAUGUAGCCGCAGCCGUUGCCUUGUUUUUUGAACAGGGUGGCAACAGCGCCGGCAAUGGCGCUUCGACGUCCCGUACAGCAGCCGCUGAGAAUGAAGAGGAAGUGCGUGCACCCAUUGCGCCAGUACGGGAACAACUUCUCCUACCGGAAGACGAUAAUUUUUUCGCGUCUGGCAGCAGUAAUACCAGUCGCUUAUCCCGAGUAACGCAACGCGUUAAGGUUUGUCCUCUACGUGAUUUCGCACGUGAGGGUGCCCUUAUGGAGGAGCAGCUUCAAGCCACGGGAGUUUACUCAGAUCCGAGCACACACCGCCGACGGCGAGAGCGUUCUGCUCAAAUGGUUGUGGCUGGACAGGCCAUGUCGCUACAAAGCCGCUCAAGCGGCAACUCAUCAUCCCGCCUUGGAGAUCUUUUUCGGCCACCCACUGACCUGCUCUACUCAGGCUCGCUCGCGGCGGCGCGCGAAUUCGCCAGCAAGCGAGAGAGAUGGCUACUUGUCAAUGUUCAAGGCGACAAUUUUCAGUCGCAGACGAUGAAUCGCGAUGUUUGGAGCGUCAAGGAGCUUAAACAGCUGGUACGACGUCAGUUCGUGCUCUGGCAGGUGGAUAACGAUAGCUCAGAGGGUCGGCGUUUUGUCGCCUUCUACCACUGUGCUAAGUUGCCCUAUUUGUGCGUUAUAGAUCCACGCACCGGAGAAGAGGUCUGGCGCAGCCCAGAGCCCAAUCAGCAAAAUGUAAUGCCCGACUUGCGACAAUUUCUGCGGGAUCAUCGAGACUUUUCACUAGAGGAGGCGAGUACCUCAAAACGCGCAGCCAUUCAAAUUGAUGACGACGACGAUCAGGAAGACGGUGCCUCGUGCUCCUCUUCAACCGUUGGUACUCCUAAAAAGCGCGCCAAACUAUUAGAACUCAGCGAGGAAGAACAGCUGGCGCUGGCUAUCAAGAAUUCUAUGAAUGAAAAUGGCGGCGCUGUGGAAACCAAGAAUGCCAAUGCCAGCGACUGUGAGAGCCUAGAGGAGUUCGACGAAGACGAGCUCAAAGGCGCCGCCAUUUCUUAUGAAGCUCAACUGGGCUCGCAAGCGGAGGAACUAACUGCGUUGAAGCUGCGCCUCAUUGACGCCGCAGGCAGCGAAGAGGUUAUUCAAUUGCGGUGGCCCUCUGAUACCAAGCUAAAGACAUUGCGUGUGUAUAUACGGCAAUCGCACAAGCACAUACCACUGGAGGGCUACAAGCUGAUCUGUGCCUUUCCGCGCAAGUCGCUUGAAAUGGAGCACAACGAAGCCACGCUAAAAGAACUGGGCUUACAUCCCUCCGCUAAUGUGCAUCUCACGCUGGACGAGUAACUGUUUACAUCGGCGAUUUGCUAUAUUUAUUUCACGUUAUUUGUCUUAUCCUUCUACUACACAUGAAUUAAAUACCUACAUAUACUAAAUUAAUAAUAAGGGAAUAAUAAAUAA